UCGACUAAAUCUAUCUCUGUAAAUAUUGCCAAUGUUAAAUUUGAUAUUAACAGAGAUGGCCAACAGGAGAUUGAUGUUACAAUAUCUAAAAGUAACUUUAUAUGCGACAAUGUUUGAAGGAGGAAAAAAUACAAAUACAGCAAAGACAGCUGAAAAUACAGCUUCGUCGAUCUCAGAAAAUAGAAAUAAAUUUCGAAGAAUUGAAGGUGAUGAUGCAAAGGCCGAUGUAAAGCAAGAUUCAGAGAAUCUGAAGAAAGACUCAAUGCCAGAAUUUCCAGCGAUUAAGACUUCUAGUACAAUAGUAGAUACAUUACAUAUUUCCAACGCUUUUAAUGCUCUAACAUUGUCAAAUAAUAAAUACGUAAAAACUGCACAAACACUUGAACCAGUUUCACGUGCAUGCCAAGAAGAAUGGACCGAUAAAUGGAAUAACCUUGAAUUUCCAGCUCCCAAAUCGUCAAUUUUAACACCAGUUACUUUUAGUUUAUCUAAAAAACAAUAUUCAUUUGGUGACACAAGUACGAGUCAGUUUCUUGGUUCUCCAACGUCAGAAAGUAAAGAGUCAGCGCGUGAUAACGCAGAGAGUAGAUCUACGCCUUUCUGUUGGAAAGCAACAACGACAACAACAUUAUCAAGUCCAGCAUUCCAAGUACCUACUGCAGCACAAACUUUGCAUAAAUCUGGAACAUCCAAAUCAUCAAUUUUAAAACCACCUACUUUUAAUUUAUCUAAAAAACAAUAUUCAUUUGGUGACACAAGUACGAGUCAGUUUCUUGGUUCUCCAACGUCAGAAAGUAAAGAGUCAGCGCGUGAUAACGCAGAGAGUAGAUCUACGCCUUUCUGUUGGAAAUCAACAACGACAACAACAUUAUCAAGUCCAGCAUUCCAAGUACCUAAUGCAUCACAAACUUUGCAUAAUUCUGGAACACCCGAAUCAUCGAUUUUGGUACCAACUACUUUUAGUUUAUCUAAUAAACAAUGUGAAUUUGGUGGCGCAAUUUCACGUAAAUCUUGCACUUCUCCGGUGCUAGAAAAUAAACCUGCAGCUUGCGAUUCAACACCAACAAACCAAAAAGAAACAACAUAUAAUACAACACUCGGGAUGCCAACUGUACGUGGCACAUUGUCAGUGACAUCAGUAGUAUCUGGUGAUAGUACUGUUAGAACGUCUACCGGCGAGUCAACGCCUCUUAUACGUGUACAUCAAAAAUUUAUAUUUAACGCCAUUCCUACUGAACCGGCUGUAAUGCCUGGGAAUCGAUUCAAUUUUCCUACGAAUAUGAUACCUCCUGUAUCGACUCAGAUUCAAAUAUCGAUUGAUUUCACCGAUUAUACAUUUAACGGACCUAAUCCGGAACUAGCAGCAUUUCCGCAAUGUCCAACUACAAGUUCAUUUUCUACAUCGCAACCUGUUACCCAAAGUCAACAAUUGUCUACUUCAUCAUCUAUUCCUCUAGAAUGCGCGUUUAAUUUUGAUUCGUCACCAGGAGAUCAUACAGCUGAACCUGGUUCAAUCCAGUCCGAAGGAUUUAAUUUUAAUCCCAAUACUAGACCAUCGUUCCGUUUUAGUGUUUAUGAAUUUAAGUAUCUACAAAAUAUAAAAUUAUUUUACACAUUAAUAGCAGGAUCUUUUUUCCAUAAAAAAAUGUGUUGCCAUGUGUUGUUUUAGUGCACCUACUCAAGUACAACGAGAUACUGCGUCUACUCGAGUACAACGAAAUACUGCGAAAGCUUUUAGAAGAUUAAAAUAGGAGUCAAGUAACGGCAUUCUUUUUAUACAGUUGCUCAUGAAGGUAUUCAUAUUCUUGCAGAAGACACCUUUUAUGAAUAUACUAUAUGUCUUGAAAGAAACAUUUUGAAAUGUCAUUAGUAUUGUAACAAAAUCCGAUUGUCAUAGCUAUAUUGGUAAAGUUUUUAGCAAAUCUGAAAAUAUACAUAGAUAUUACAAAACACCUAACACAAGUAUGCAGAUAUUUUGUAGAAAUCAAUAAAGUAUUUAAACAGUCAUUUAACAUUUCAUCAAACAUUUUCCAUAUGUAUGAAAUAAGCCUAAAUAUUUACUGGAACCACUUUUGAGAUUUUUUCUAGGCAUACCAAGGAGGCUAUUAAUGCUGUGUGCUAAUCUUUAUUAAAUAUAUGUUUGUAAAUACCUUUUAUGUAUAUUUUCAGAUUGGUUUUUGGCUUUUCUAUCAUAAAAAUAGUAGUUGCAAAAUACUUUUAUGAGCCAUUGUAUCUAUUUCAUACAAUCGUGAGAAAACAAGUCGAAGACGCUUCGUUUUCGAAGAAAAAAGAAAAAAGAAAAAAGAAACGAUUUUGAACAUUUUCUCGAUGCUGCUAUACGCACAUACUCUUUAUGAUAUAUCAAUUCUUGGAUCAAUAACGAACUUUCAUUAUUGAUGAUUUGCUGCUAGUGGAUGAGGAAACUUAAUAAAAUAUCGAA